AUUCGUAGAAUUAUGACAUUCACACAUAAUUUCGAUUACACACAUAUUGCAAAAAUAUUUCCUGUCUAAAAUUUGCGAAAAAUUUAAAUCAAAAUGCAAAAAAUCGGAGCGUUCCUUGUCCUUUUCGGCAGUUUGGGUGCCGUUUUUGGUGGCAGUGAUGGCGGAUGCAUGAAGGAUUUUAAAAACUUGAAAGAAAUGGACGCUGCGGUGGAAAAGUGUAAGACAAAGUUGAACUUGAAAGAGUCCGAUAUGCAACAAAUGAUGCCUGCGGAUCUCGCCAAAAAUGGGUUUGACGAUAAGUGUAUGAUCAAGUGCGUCAUGGUUGAGAUGAAAUACGCCAAGGAAGACGGUACCGUGGACAUGAAGGCGUUGGAAGAAGAUUUGAAAAAGAACGCUCCAGCAGGCAAAGCUGACGCCUUGGUUGCACUCAUGCGAGAAUGUGCAGAAACCACGGCCAAGGACGCCGCUAUUAUGAAAGAUCCAUGCAAAUCGAUCGCCAAAACGAAAAUGUGCUACGUAAUGGGUCAGGAUAAAAUCUGUCCACCUGCUUAAAGUAAAAAUAUAAAUGGGAAAACAGGACUGAAAUCAAAUUACACUAAAACUGGGAAUAAAGUCGGAAAUAUGAAAUGCAUGAAAUUUUAGCCAAUUAAUAACUGUAAAUGAGUGAAUAAAGAUAUAUUUGAGCAAUCCCCGAAAAAAA